GUCGACACAUCAGGUGCAAAAGAAUACAAAACUCCCGGGUAACAAUAUGGUAACAUCAACGUCAGCGGCAAAAACCGUUCUUCGAGGGGAUGAGUAAUGCUAUUAUGGAUCCCCCGAGGAACGAACCAUUCGACUACAAUUAGAAUGAAUGCUCAAUGAAUUCGAAAUAAAAAUAAUAAUGAAAGUGUGUGAAUAAUCCCCGUGAAAUCCAGGAAUUAAAAUGUUGACUAAUUGGAUCAUCGGAGUAUUCCUGAUUGUGACAGUGGGGGGGACACUGGAUCCAGCGGGUACAAAGUGUGGACAGAAGAGGUGCACCACCACUGAGUACUGCAGUCCUUAUGACACUCAGUGUCGACCGUGCACAGCAGCGUGUGACACCUCCAGUCACAAUUAUCAGCCGGAGAUCUGCGUCAAAGACUGCCAGGAGUUCCUCCAUGAUCAGAGAUACGUUCUUCGCGGAGAGUUGGGGAGAGACGUCGUCUCUAGAGAUAAUGGACAGGCAGUUCAGACCCGUGUUGCCCUGAUUCUCUCGCUGAUUUCGUUGGUGGGUGUUAUACUCCUCUAUCUGUGGACAUUUUUGAGGGGGAAGAAACUGAGGGGCGCGUGGAAGAAAAUCUGUGGAACGAAAUGGACGAAGAAAAAAAUAAAUAACAACAAAAUACGAGACGACGUCGAGGCAGGUCCCCCCAAACAGCAAAAUGUCCUGAAACUGACAAUGCCAACGAUAAGCAGAUCUGUGGCAGCUGCCAGUCAAGGGACUACUGGUACCAAUGUCAGUACCUCCAGUACCCCCAACACCACGAGUACUCCAUUAUCCAGGAGACAUCCCAGCGAGGACACCACUCUGGAUUACGCCUACGAUAAUCCCGCUAUGACGCCCAGUCCCGAGACGGCGCCAGCGAAGACGAAGAAGGAAAGUUCAUUCUAACGAAUUUUACAAAUAAAUUGUUCAACAUUCUCGACGAUUUUCUCGAGGUUUAGAAUUUUUUAGUGGUCUUCAAGAAAGAAACCCCCAGGAUUUUUACGAAAUUUUUGCAUUUUGAAUUUUGACAUUUUGAAAUUGUUGAUAUCUUAAUCAAUUUUUGAACUUUUGGAAAGAAUGAAAGUUCUCUAGCUCUUGAAAAUGAUGAAAAAUUGGAGAGUCAUACGAAAUCAUCUCGACCGCAAGUGGUUUGAGGCAAAUAUUCGAAAGAACCAAUCGAUUUGCAAUUUCUUUCGUGAAACUACUCGUUUUAAAAAUAAUUUUUCGAUUAACAAAGAUAAUUCCAUCUCUCUGUCUAAAUUAUUCAUCUCUUAUUAAUCGUAGCACGACUGUUCCCUGCAUUCGUGAACCGUGCGGCUGUGCGACUUAAUUCAUAUUAAACCGAUCAUUAACCCCUAGGAUACUAUUAAUCCCUCUGUAAAUUCAGGAAAAGCUAAUUUUACCAUUCCCCAAUAGUUAAUCAAAGGGGAGGGUCUAGUGAAAUGGACACUUUUUUUGUUUAAGGAUAUGCAAGCACUUCGUUCAAGUUAACAACUUACUUUCAAGCAAGAUUUCACUUUUGUCAAAAAUGUUACCAUCCCCAUACUUUUUUCGGAUUUGUCAUUGUGGAAUAGGGUAAACAGGUCAAUUUCUGGACGAUUUCAGCUUGCAUUGAAUAUUCCACAAAUAAAAUGAAAAUUGUAUU